ACAAUGCAGUUCGAACUCUCAGAGCAAUCAAACCAACCGUAAGCGACAAUGCUGUAAUGGAUCCAUUACAACAUUACAUCGUUUUUACCGGUUUUCGAACAUCGCGUUUGAAUCAAAAUAUUAUACUUUCGAACAUUGCUUUCGCCUUGACGUUUCGCCACGAGUUCGAGCGAAACUUCCAGCUGUCAAGUGCGAAAUGUCAAUCUCCUUUGCACAAUACAAAUUGUUAUGAAACUAGCCGCACUUGGCAAAAACAUUCCCUGUUUGUUAAUUCUCAAGGACCGAUAAAAACCCGGCCAUCAUGUCCAUUAAGGUUGGUGGAGCAUUCCGGCGCUCGGGAGGCAUUGUAUCGGCCAUCGGAAAACAGCUGAAGCUGGUCAACCUGAAAGCGGUUCAACGAAUCACCGUUUCCUUCGAUCCGUUCGACCAGAGCACCAUCGCAACGAGGGAAUUUGUGCAUCAUCUUUCCGCACCGAAAAUAUCGCAAACCAACCCAACCUGCGUGCUCAAGACGGAGGUAGUGUGCGAUCGAAGGCCACCGUCCGUAGUUUUUCAGCUUAUCCCCUCGGUACAGGCCGAAGCUAAGCUUAAAAAGAUUGAACUGAGCAGCGCCAACCUGUCCACGCUCGAGCUGCUUAAGCUUUGCAACAAGCACGUGAGCGCCCUGGCACCGAAGGAAAUCGCGACCAGCGUAGUAAAGACCAAGUCGGAGAAAAAGGCCGGUGGAAGCGGUGGUGGCAAGCGUCGGUAAAGCGAGGAAGGUCAAGUAUAACCGCCCGUACAUCGGAGCGUCGAACAUGUCGCACAAGAAGCUCAAGGGCGGCCAUAUGGCCAUCAUCGAGAACUGGUACCAUCAGAUACCGGCAUUUACGGACGUGUUUACGGAGGAAAGUUUCUACAUGUUUGCCGUCUGCUUUGUGCUCGCCACCAUAGCCGUCGUGUUUGUACUGUCCCGGUUCAUAACGCUCAAGCCGGUCGAUUAGUCGUUUUGGUUUUCAACCCCCUUUUACCUAUUGCAAUUGACUGAAAGCGGAGGAGAGAAAUGUAAGUAAAUUCUAGGCAGAUAAAGCUUGCAAAGCUCUUCAAAACUGA